AUGAAUAAAAUGAAUAAUAAUAACUAUUAUUUGAAGAGGAAAGAUAUAAUUGUGAUAUUUGUUAAUUUAUUGGUGCUGUCCCUAGUUAUAUAUAUUUAUCAUGUCGUUGACGAUUUGAAAACUAUGCUUUCAAACGAAAGGUUAUGCAUACUUAAAACAUCUUCAAAGACUGAUUUAACUGAUGGUGAUAUAAAUGAAACUUAUUUUGACUUUACCAAAAUGAAAAAUUUAAAUAUUAGACACACCAGGUCGGCCAAGUCUACAAAAUUUCAAAAUAUGUGCUUGUUCUACUUGGCUCAACCAAAUAUAGAUUUUGAACAAAAUGGUAGUAUCUUGGGACCAUGGAUUUUGUCGAAUAAAAGUUUACCUGUUGAUUCGUAUUCUCCUGUAAAAUUAACUUCAAGAAGGACUUUGAUAGAAAUAGUUGACCCAGGACUUUAUUUAGUUUACAUACAGGUAUAUUAUUUGUCAUCUACUAAGAAGAACAGUUUUUCUAUGACAAAAGUAACGGCUGGUUUAAAUGAAACACUGUCUGUAUGCAGUGCUGUGGGUGUUUCUGGAACAGAAAUCUCGUGUUUCACAUCUAUUGUAGAGUAUUUCAAACCAGGAGAAUCAAUUUUAAUUAGACUUAGGGAAAUGUCAACUGGUAUAAACCUCAACCGUAAAGCUUCUCACACUUACCUUGGCUUUACUAAGCUAUUGUAA